CAAAACUCCACAACGGUCGAAUAAAAAGCAAAUAUUUAUUGGAAUCCCUUGGUCAUUAUUUAAUAUUUGUGACCAUGUAUUCCUUGCAACACCCGCAAAUCGAUGAGCGCUUUUUAGAUUCGGAAUCAACAGUUGAAGAAGUGGUUAAAUUGCUCAAAAACCUGCGAAUGCCUACCGAGGAUGAGGAAGAGGAGCAGGAAAAAGUUGAGAAGGAUCCAAAAGGGACAAUUGUUACAGAGGAAAAUUUUAUAAUCACUGAGCGAAAGGAUUCUGCCGCUGUUAUUUGUCCGCCUAAAGAUAUUGUUUCCAAGGAGAAAAUACAUCGUAGAACUUUCAACCGUCUGGAUCGGAGUAAAGAUCGAUUUCCUUUUAUGCGUCAGGUCGAAAUGGAUCUCGACCAACGCUCUAAAGCUCGAUUGGAAAGGGAAAGAGUCGCCCAAAACUUUAGAAAAUUAGGAAAUGCUGAGUAUCGUAAAGGAAACUAUGAGACUGCUAUGCAUAUGUACACCGAAGCCAUUGAGAAUAUCCGGGACAGUCACAUCCUCUACAUAAAUCGCGCUCUCUGCUUCAUCAAAUCGGGUAAAUUCAAACGAGGCAUUGUCGACUGCGAUUUUGUGCUAAACAAGUUGGAUGAGAAGAACCUGAGGGCGUGGAUGUAUCGUGCCAUGGCAUAUAAAGGACUUAAAGAUGAGUCGAAUUUCGAGAACUGUGUUAAAUAUGCCCGCAAAUUCAAUUCGAAACAGAUGGAGUUCAUUGAUGAUUUCCUGGAAAGGUUAAAAUAAACUUUAGGAAUAAUUUGAAACCAGUUUGGCUUGAAUACAGUGAGCCCACAAAUUAUUAGAUGAUAACUGUUCAUAAUAAAAUCCUAGU